GUACUGAACCUGCUAAAGACACCCAAGAUGCUAAAUUCACCAUUUCACCAACUCCAACCGACUUCGGAUCUCUUAAAAAGGAAACAGAAUUAAUAACUUGUGGUGAUGACGAUAAUGUUGAAGGUGGCACAGGAUUUGAUACCCCUUAG